ACUGGACCUUGGCCGUCUGGCCAUUACAAAUGAAAGAGUGCUCCGAUUGGCUAGUGAUGGCGGUGGGAGGGGCUCAGCUCGCGAUUGGUUGCCUCGUUUGAGGCGGGAAAGAUGGCUCGGUCAGUGUCUUUUCGUUGGGGUGUCUUUGAAGGCUUUCUCCCAUAGAGGAAAGAAAAAGCCUAGAAUCACAGUGGCUGCCAUUUUGGAGGCGCUUGCAGCCUUUGAAUCCGUAAAAACCACGCAGAUGCCCAAUCAGGACUGGAAUCCUGGAUUGCCAUACAGGGAUUCCUGUAGCCCUAGGGGAAAGAGAGAUGGCUACAAAGGAAGCCAGAAUGGAGAAUGAAAAGCGAGUCUCUGAUUUCUAAGUCUAUGGUUAGUGACUUCUUGGAGUUGGGUUUCUUUUCAAAGGCCCCUCAGGACUAGGGAUGACGCGCGCUGAUUGGUCCGCGAGAGCGAAGCUGGUGUUGUCACUUCCUUAUGGGGAAGGUGGAUGUGGGCUGGUUCUUCAGCGCGACGGUUCGAUUCCUGCCUUGAGCAGUUUUGAGGGAAGCUGAGAGUCGAAAAUUAGCACCAUGGCAGAUAAACUGUCUGGAGCUUAGUAUCCUAAGUGUAAAGCUGAGCAGAUGGAAGAACAAGCAAAACAAUAAGAUUCCUUCUUGAAAUAAUAGAUCUGACAAACAGCAAGGUGGAAGCAGCUCAUAACAUCAAGAUGAAGAUUAACAAUCCUCUCCUGUGCAGAACUGGGAACAGUCUGGUGUGUCUAGGAGAGAACUGUUGGCAGCAAAUUCUGGGAGCACAUGAAUGGCAGGAGAAGGCUCCUUGCUGCCUCUGUAAUUUCCAUCCAGAACUUCAACUUUGUGUAUCCUUCGUGCCAAAACUGCUUUUCCAGGCUAUUCCUGGAUUCAGAGAGGUACAGUUGCCUAAAGUGUGGCUGCUCAGGGGACGCCAAAGACACAAGCUACAGGUAUCGCCUCUCGCUGGAAGUCGCUGAUGCUCACAAUGUGUUUGAGGUGACCGUCUUUGGGAGCUGCUUGGAUGCUUACUUUGGAGUCACAGCAAAGGGCUUGCACAGGUAUAUUGAAGAAGCGGACCAAGAACCAGACAGGGAUGCCUCUCCAGAUGUGCUCGUUAAAGCAGUUGAAACUUGUUUCAUUGGGAAGAAAUUUGUAUUUGGAGUUAAGGAUUCUAGUAAGCAAGAUGGUGCCAGCUUUUUGCAAAAUCACUACCAGACUGACCCCAAAGCUCUCACAGCCUGUCAGAUGUUUGUACCAAACUCCAGCCUUGUGGGCCACACAGUUAUCCAUUACCUCCAGCAGCAACAGCGUUCCCAUUUCAAGCACCAUCCUAGGGACUCCAAGCCUUCUAGCGAUCUCUUCAGGGCCCUUGAUCCGCCGAGCAUUUUGCUGAGCAGCUUGCACAGCUCUGGUGGUCUGGGUGCCCUUCCAUCCCGUCGUCUAGACAGUCUCUCAAACCUCUGGCCACAGUCCUUUGGACUGACUUCCUCAUCCAUUUCGGGGGGAACAACAGCAGAUCCGAUAGCUCUAAGUUCAAGCAAGAGUCCCUGUGAGGAGCAAAAACAGGGAAAUCGUCCAGUUUCUGUGCACAGCCAGCCAAUCCCAAGCCCCCAGGAUUCUCAUCUGACUGUGAAUAAUAGAAAUUUACCUCAUCUGUCUUCUGCUUGGUGUGGCAUCACUGUAAAGAGUGAGCCAAAGAGUCAUUCUUCCUUAGCAAGAAAAAGCUAUAGGUCAUUGGAAAGCCUGCUAGGAUUAGGGGGGAGCAGCUCCUCUGGCGAAAUUAGCAUCCAGCAGAGCUGUGGUCCAGAAAAUGCAUGGAACCCUUUGCUUUGCCAGAGUGGAAACUCUCCAGAAGACCCAUGGUUUGGGGAUGAGCUCCCAUCUUCUGAAAGCCUAAAUGAAUUUAUUGCCAGAAUUGAAAACAAAGCCACGGUACUGCCAACAGAGGCUAAAGCUUGGGAACGUUCCCCCAGCAAGGGGACUGAUGAUUGUUAUGGGCAUUUUAAGCAGUCCUCUCCCAAACCAGGUGUCUGUGAUGCCCAUUUCCUGACGGAACAUCCAGAUGAGAAGUUGCAGGAGCUCGCUGAGAAAGUGGACGUGUGGAAAGAAGAUGACCUCCCAUGUCAUGAGUGUAACCUGUCAUCCCUCCAAGGCAAAGAAUCUCAACAGGAAACCUUUGGCAGCAAUUUAUCUACUGAAAGGACGGAUGAAUUGAACUGUCUGCCUAACGAGCAUCAUGUUCUCUUUCCUUGGUCCUCCCCAGCUGCAGUUAAAGCUCAUUCAAAGGGAACUUGUCUAUCAACUAAAAAAGGAGCUGACCAAGAUGUCAGGAAUUUGAAGUAUCUCCAUCCCAGCUCCUCUUCAAAGUCUACCAGUAAUUGUCAAGAAAGCCUUUCUCUGCAAACCAGAAAGAAAACCACCCUGUUAAACUGUAAACGUGAUAAUUGUUUAGCCAACUGGGGAAAUCAAGGAAGUUCAAGCUCUCAGCUAAACCAAACUGCUGAUCCUACAAACAUACAGGUGCAGGGUUUCGCCUCAGCAGCUUGUGAAGAAUCGGAUGCCGUUUGUGCAAGGGAGAGAGAGUCAGUCCCAGAGGUGCGGGAAAAUAAUGGCAUAGACAGGAACGUCAGCGGUUUGCUACAGGGCUGCUCUGAUUGCCCCCAGGAUAGUUACAACGCUUCCGCUGAUCUCUUUGACGCUAGUGCUGGAGGGCCAGAAACUGCUGUAGGAAUGUUAAAUGCAGCCCAAGUUUUCUCGGUCCAGGAGAGUGCAUGGACUGAAAGGCCUGUGCUGUCUGAAUUAUUGCCAAGUGAAUUGGAUGCUGGCCAGAAUACUUCUCAACGUGGAUUAACUUUGUGUAACUUGCAUGCUACUUCUGAUCAAAAACUGAGCACUCUGGUUGCUGGUUCAGCAUCUGAUUCAGAACCCAACCUUGCCAUUACCCUGGACUUUGUGCCUUAUUCCCAGUCUACCCCGCUGGUGAAACCUCGUCAACAGGUGAGGCUCCCCAGAGCACGAGAGUCCAUUCUUAGCGUAUCAACACUGAAUACAUUGUCUCGGAUCGAUGCCAAAUGUAAAAGACCCAGGCCUGCCUUGAAAACCCCUUUAGUCAAACAGCUUGUUGGCAAGUCCCUGCAAUCCAGAAGGCUGAGCCAUGUGGACUCCUCUUCCAUUGGCGCAGCUGGUCCUCAACAGUUAUGCAUCAGUGACAGCCCAGCCCGGAAGCUGUCUGAAAAUUACAGCGAGGAAUGGAUCCCUCCCUCAGAGAGAAAAUGGGUACGGCCACUUGCUUCCCGGAAUCAGAAGAUCUUUGGGCUGAGGACAAAGAGAAGCCUGUUGAGGAACUUUGCUGACUACCAAAUCACAGAGCAGUCUCCUCUCUCUGAAAACAGAGUCAGCUGUGGGAUUAGGGUAAAACGGGCAGAACUCACUCCUAAAAAGGAGCCGUCAACACAAGCUCCAAUGGGGACAGUACCCAUUCAUGAAGACGCUGCUAACCUCUGGCAGGAAACUGACGCAUCUCCUGACUUUGGUGCCUUUGCGGUUGUCAACAAGUUGAACUUUUCUUCCACGCCUCGUUGGUCUAAUGCAGGAAGUUGGUCUCCUGAACUGUUUGUGGGAAACAGCCAGCUCCCCAGCCUGGAAGCUGUUUUCUCAGAUCCAUCCACUUGAAUGCGCAUUUUUCCUUUUGGAAACAGGAUCUUUAGAUCAAAUGCUGAAGCUUUGAUACAUGUUCAACAAUUGAUUAGUUUCUGAAAUGACUAUAGGAUGGGAAAGGGCGAUUCUAAAAAAUCUACACAUGUGUAUUGUUCACUUUCUUCUUGGCACUUUUCAACAAUGAAUUACGUCUACUUACAAGUCUC